AUGACAGUACCACCACCAUCACAACCGACCAUCUCAACAGCAACACUAAAAUCCCACUCUCCAACUCUCACGAAACUGUUAAAAGCUCGUCCGGCGCCAGUGCGAGAGAGUGCUCUCCUUGCUGCGGCAACAUCCCCCACAAAGCCGGUCAAGCCACCAGCGGGAGAUUGUUGUGGCAGUAGCUGUGAUCCUUGCGUUAUGGAUCUAUAUGCGCAGGAGCUGAAGGUGUGGAAAGAGUGUGCAGGGUUGAGAGUCGUGACUGAGGACACCAGUGAAAAUGGAGAAGAGCCUGACAGCAAGGGUGAGGAUUUGGAAAGGUGUAAAGUCCCUGGUGCUUUCGAGUGGUGA